ACCGAAUGGAUGCUUUCGAAGUUCUCUCUAUCGCGAACACACAGAAGUCAGACACUGACACGCACAGACACAGAUAAUAACUCAUCUCGCUCUCUCCCAAACUCGGGCUCGAAGUGUCGAAGCAAAACGAGGGAGUGAAGAAGAAUGGCAUCAUCAACGGCUAAGGUUUCGUUCCGUGUAAUCAUGUUCGUCCUCUUGCUCCUCCUCCUUUUCUACGUGGGUCGCCCUCUCUACUGGAAAAUCUCCGCCACGAUCCACGACAUCCGCCACAACAAACAGACCGUCAAACAAGGUCUUUCCCAGAUCGUCCUCGAGGCCCAGAAAUCCGUCGGCUGGUACCACGACGAGUCCGACUCGGGUGUUCAAGAAGAACGUGCAGGGAGCAAAACGACGACUCGUCGUAUUUUUCAGCGUAAGCUUUUGUGAAAAUUCCAAUGGUUGACUUUAACGCUUGUUAUGCAGUGUUGUAAUGAUAGAUCUAAUUGUUUGGUGGUACUAAUGGGAGGGUCUUGAUGCGUGUAAUGCUUGAGAUGUUGGUGUAUUAAUGGAAUUAUGAAAUCUCGUUGAUUU